CCGCCGGGCCCCUGCCCGCCCGCUUCACGCUGGUGGUGGUCUUCGGCACCGGGGGCGGCCGGCCCGGGCUGCGCAGGGCGGUGCUGGGGGCCGUCAGAGCCGGGAUCCGCUCCUGGGAUAUCGACCUUACUGCCUGCAACCUUGACCAGCAACUCAAACUCUUUGUCUCUCGUCACUCUGCCACCUUCUCGGACAUCGUAAAAGGUCAGCGCGCCCUCCAUCACCGCGGGGAGGUCCUGGAGACGUUGGUAUUGCUGAACCCUUCCGACAAGUCGAUCUGUGACGAGCUCCGCAACCUGAUCACUGACCCUUCACGGCACAAGCUGCUGAUCUUUGCCGGGCCCUGCAUCGAGGAGACGGGGGAGCUGGUGCUGCAGACGGGCACCUUCUCUUUGCGGGACUUCAUCCAGAUCUUUGCUGACAAAGAGGUCGGGGAGCUGCUCAGCUCUGCAGACCCCUCUGCCAAGACCAGCUUGACCGUGGUUUGCCCGGACUUUGGGGAAUGGAAGGACUCCCGGCUGGGCCCUCACAACCUGCUGGACUUCAUCGACCUGCGCUUCAACCCGGGCUGCGUGCUGCCGGAGAUGGAGGGCCUGCAGGAGUUCCUGGAGUACCUCUCCGAGUCCCUGGACCCUCCGUCGCCCUUUGACCUCCUGGAGCCACCCAGCACCGUGGGUUUCCUGAAACUCUCCCGGCCCUGCUGCUACAUUUUCCCGGGGGGGCGAGGCGACUCGGCUUUCUUUGCCGUCAACGGCUUCAACAUCUUGGUCAACGGGGGCUCCAACCCUCGGUCGUCCUUCUGGAAACUGGUGCGCCACCUGGACCGCGUCGACGCCAUCUUGGUGACCCACGUGGGCACCGACAGCCUCCCCGGGGUGAACAGCCUGCUGCAGAGGAAGCUGGCCGAGAUGGAGGAAGACCUUUCCUCUCAGGGCUCCCAGAACGAGGACUGGGGGAAGAACCUCAUCUCCCCCGAGCUGGGCGUGGUGUUCCUCAACGCCUCGGAGAAGCUGCGGGCCAUCGAAGGGGACUCGGGGGUCUUGAAGAGCUGUGACGAGGCCAGCUUGGCGCUGCAGUCCCUCCGCAAGCUGGGCAUCCGGCCCCACCCGCUCUCCCGGGACGCCGGCCCCAAGGCCGAGCCCACCAUCCUCUUCCAGAAGAUGGGCGUGGGGCGCCUGGACAUGUACGUGCUGAACCCUGUCAAAGGCAGCAAGGAGCUGGAGUUCCUGAUGCAGCAGUGGUGCGGCAACGGCUACCCCAAGGGGCUGGAGCUGCCCUUGCAGUGCCUGACCUCCAUCUGCGCCCUGCUGGUCUGGCACCCCGUCAGCCCCACGGAGAAGAUCGUCCGGGUCUUGUUCCCGGGCUGCACGCCCCAGGGCAAGAUCCUGGAAGGGCUGGAGAAGGUCAAGCACUUGGAGUUCCUCAAGCAUCCGGUGGUCACGCAGAAGGACGUGGAAUCGUUCUCCUCCUCCUCUUCCUCCUCCUCCCAAAUCAAGCAAAAGAGGACAGUCAGUCAAGAGAGCCUCAAGUCGGGGUCUCGGCUCAGCCUCACCGAGUUCAGCACGCCUGUAUCGAAGGAGAAGCGGGAGCCCAAGCUGGCCAAUCCCCGAGACCGACCGAAGGCCCCCAGCGAGACCUCGAGAGGUAGCAUCGAUGAGGAGCGGCCCAAGGCGGAGUCCUCGACGGAAAAGCUCAAGCAGGACGUGCGGCCCAAGCAGUCGAAGGAGAAGGCGGCCGCCAGGAAGGACGUGAAGAAGCCGCUGCCGAAGGAGGACGUCGCUCCGGAGAGGAAGGAGGGCAAGCCGGCCAAGAGGGAAGCGAAGGUCGACCCCCCCAGGAGAGAGGCGGCGAAGAGGGAGGAGGCCAAGAAGGAGGUCAAGGCGGAAGAGAAGGCCGCAAAGCCGCUGGCGAAGGACCUGCGUCGAACCCCCAGUGCGGAGGCCAAGAGGCCCCCGACCAAGGUGGGCAGCUUCCGGAAGGCCAUCCCCACCCUCAAGAAGGAGGCGGACAAGCCCAAGGCCAAGCCGGCCAAGGAAGCCCCGCUCAAGCGGCCGAGCAGUGCCAAGGGAGGCCCGUCGGAGAAGGCGUCGGCAGAGAACCAUGAAGUCAUCACCGUAGCCAAGACCGAGCUGGAGCCUUCGCCGCUGGGCGGCCCGGAUUGCCACGGGAACGGACUGGAGCCCCCCCAGAACGGCCUGAGCGCAGGAGCGGAUCCGGAGAGCCCGCAGCCUUUCCGGCAUCUGGAAGCCAGCUCCCCGCUCAAAGGGAUCGGGCCCCCGUCCCCGUUGGCCAAGACUCCCAAGAGCGACCGGAGCGUCAACUUCGAACUGACGCCGACAGACAUCCGGGUGGGGCUCAACCACUGCCCGGAGGCCGAGGAGGUGUGCGGGGGCAGCUCUGAAGAGAAGACCCUGGAGAUGAUGUCCCCGGCCAGCUCCGCCCCGGCCAGUGCCGGCCACACACCUUUCCACCAAUCCCCGGUGGAAGACGUGAUCAUGGCCGAGGAGCCGGCGGCCGUGAUCAACGCCUGGCGGCCCGACGGCUCCGGCCCUCGGGCGUCACACGACAACUCCAGCUCUUCCCAAGAGAAGCCGUCGGGCUGCCUGUCCCCAUGCCUCUUCCGCGACGAUGCCCAUGAUGUGUCCCCUUCCAUCACCACCCCCUCCCUGCCGGCCGAAGUGGGGUCCCCUCAUUCCACCGAGGUGGACGAGUCUCUCUCCAUCUCCUUUGAGCAGGUCCUGCCACCGGUGAGCGAGUUCCCCCAGGAGGAAGGCGGCAACGUCCGGGCUGGAGGGCUCACCCCAGAGCCGGAGGCCGCGGUCGGCAAAGGGGGGAUGUCUCUGCCCAUCCGGCCCUGCCACCCCCACCACGGCGCCCAGCGGUUGGACGGCCACGUCUUGCCCAGGUCGGGCCGCCGCUCAGAUUCUCCCCACGACGUGGAUCUCUGCCUGGUGUCCCCGUGCGAGUUCGAGCACCCCAAGUCGGAGAGGUCUCCGUCGGCCAACUUCAGUCCCCGGGACAUGUCCAACAGCAGCGACUUCUCUCAAGAGCUGACCAAGCCCGUGUCUCACCGGAAGGGCCCGCGGGGCCGCAAGCCCCACCCCCUGGCUGACGAGACCCCGCCCACCUCGUUCAGCGAAUCGCUGCCCACCCUCUCGGACUCUGACAUCCCGCCUGCCACGGAGGAGUACCCUUCCAGCGCGGCGGAUGGCGGGCUGGACUCGGACGACGACCCGGAGAGCCUGGCCCGGGCCCGCGACCCACUCCCGGCUGCCCUGAAAGACCCUUGCCCCCUUCCCGCCCAGCCCGGCAUCUGCAUGGUGGACCCCGAGAGAGAAGGCACGGCCAAGGUCAAGAGGACGCCCCAGCGGGUGGGCUCUGCACCUCCCAAAGCGGACACCCCCAAAGCGACCCCUGCCAGCAGCAGCAGCAGCAGCAUCCGGGCCAAGCCUUCUUCAGCCACUUUGGGGGAGAGGGCCCGACUGGGCACCCUGGGCAGGAGUGAUUCCUCGGCGUCCCGCACUGCCAACGAUAACAAGGCGCCCGUCGGCCACCGGGGCACGAGCACUCGGCCGCUCGCGGGAGCCGGCAGGUCCUCUCCGGCAGGCCCCAAGGCCGGCCUUCCGCGCCCCACAGUCUACCUAGAGCUGGCCUACAUCCCCGGCUCCACGAGCGCCCAGUGGGUGGACGAGGACUUCUUCCGGCACAUCCGCUCCCAGUGCUACGUCAUCAGCGGCGAGGACCACGUCAAGGAAGGCGUCAUGCGGGGCAUCCUGGACGCUCUUCUGGCGGGGAAGCAGCACUGGGCGAACGACACCCAGGUGACCCUGAUCCCCACCUUUGACUCGCUGGUCAUGCACGAAUGGUACUCGGAGACCUUGGAGCGGCAGCAGGCCCUGGGCGUCACGGUGCUUGGCAGCAACAGCACAGUGGCCAUGCAGGACGAGACCUUCCCCGCGUGCAAAGUGGAGUUCUGAGCGGCUCCUGAGCCCGGAGGCUGGAAGAGGCGGCCGCGGUGCUGCUGCAACGGCCCCCCUUUCUCUCCCGGCGGAAGGAGAGGCGUCCCCGUUUUGGGGCAGGCCUCGCGUUGCGCCUUGGGCGCCAGGGGACGAGAGCGCCGCCCCCUGCCUCCCUGGGCUCGGGAGGCGCGCGGGGCAGAGACUUUCCCGGGACGCUUUUCCGCAUCAAAUCUCGUCCGCCGUUGGUCUGUUUCGUUUGCAUGUUCACCGCCGGAGCGUCUCACCCUGGUCAAGCACUGAGGGGGUCUGGGAGCAGGUGACUUUGGGGAGGGGGCGACUGGCCCGGGAGUCGUUCCGCCCUUUUCCACUCCGCCCUGGUGAUCUCCCCGCAGCCCCUCCCUCCUUCCCUCCCCACCUUCAAGCCCCCACAGCCGCUGGAGGGCAGGCUCUGCCCGUCGCCCUGAAAACCCUGCCCAGGAAAACGUCACGCGGCUCUUGCACGGAGGUCCGGCAGCGACGCUCUCGAAACACGAAGCGGGGUCCUGGGCACGAAGAGCGGGCCGUGAGGGCUGGGCCGGGCACCUCUGGCUGCUGGGAGAAGCCGUGGGGAGAGGCGACUGGGAUUCGUGGACGCACUGGGUCUGGGUGCCCUUUCCCCUUGCGGUUUGGUUUAGCGGAACAGGGUCUUUGGGGGGGUGGGUGGGGGUGGCCCCCCACGAGGCAGAGCUUGCUUUCCAGGCGGGGUCCCAGCUGCCCCCGUGGUGUGGCAGCCCUUGUCCCUGCAGAAUCCCGGCCGGUCGUCGGUUUGCACCUGCCGGCCGGGCCCUUUCCCUCCACGGCCUCCCCCCACCUGGCGUCCCUCCGAUGCGCCGGCCUGCAGCCCCCGACACAUCCGAAGGGCGCCAGGUUCCCCAGCCCUGUUGAUGUUGCUUGCUCCCUUCCCCAACACCCCCCUCCGGUCCCCAGAAGGCGCCGUGGGCUGACGGCAAGGGUCCGCCUGCCCCCAUCUCCGUAGGCUGACGGG